AUGGACCCUAAACCAGUCAAGGUUGACAACAACUCAACCGACCAGAUGGAUGUCAAAGACGCCCAAGAUGGAGUCACGCAGUACGACGAGCCUCUCGCGCCGACGCCCGCCCAGAACCGGCGUCUGCUCAUGAAGACAGAUCUUGUGGUUCUGCCAUGCGCCGUCCUCAGCAUGACGCUGGCCUUCCUUGACAAGGCAAGCUUCGCUGCAAUCUACGGCAUGCGACAGGACGCCAACCUCAAAGGGCAGGAGUACUCCUGGCUAGGUAGCGUCUUCUAUUUUGGGUACCUGGCCAUGGAGCUCCCCGCUCUCUGGCUCAUCACAAAGGUUCCCAUUGGCAAGUUCAUCGGCACCUGCCUAGUCCUCUGGGGCGCCGCUAUCUGCCUCAUGUCGGCGUGCCAUAACUUCGCCGGCCUCGCGACGAUCCGCGUGCUCCUGGGCAUCUUUGAGGCCGCCCUGCUGCCGUGCAUGCUGGUCCUCAACUCGACCUGGUACCGCCGCGAAGAGCAGCCCCUCCGCACCGCAUUAUGGCAUAACACCUUCGCCGGCGUCUUUGGCGGGAUCCUUUCGUACGCCAUCGGGAACAUCAAGGGCUCGCUGUCGACGUGGAAGUACAUUUUCAUCAUCUACGGCGCCGUCACGAUCCUGACUGGGUUUGUCGUGGUCUUCGCCCUACCCGACUCCCCGCAGACGGCGUGGUUCUUUAGCGAGGAGGAGAAGAAGCGCGUCAUCGUCCGGCUGGCCGAGAACCAGACGGGCGUCGACACGAAGAAGAAGUUCGACUCCCGACAAAUCAUCGAGGCCCUCAAGGACCCCAAGUGCUGGUGCGUCUGGGCGUGCGGCAUCGGCUACGCCAUCGCCAACGCAGGCAUCACCAACUUCAACCCGCUCAUCAUCGCCGGGUACGGUUUCAGCCAGACAAAGACGGUGCUCAUGGCCACACCGCAGGCGGCGGUCGCCAUGGUCGCUGGCGCGGUGCUGACGACAAUCUCCCUGUUCGUGCAGAACCUGCGGUGUCUGUUCUGGAUCGUCUCGGCGCUGAUCGGGCUCGCGGGCGCGGUCAUGGUGCACACGCUCGACGUGAGCCUGCAGCGGGACGCGUCGCUGGCUGGCGUGUAUAUUAUGGGUUUUUAUAACGUGCCGUGGGUGUUCAUGUUGAGUCUGAACUCGUCCAACACGGCCGGAGCGACGAAGAAGAGCUUCAUGGGAGUCACUGUUGCUGUGUGCUAUGCAAUUGGAAACAUUAUUGGCCCGCAGCUCUUCCUGUCUAGCCAAGCACCGAGAUACCCCCUGGGAAUCGGUGCCAUGAUGUUCGCGUUCGCCCUCAUGGCUGCUUCUGGGCUGGCGUACUACCUGUUGUGUAUCGCUGAAAAUAAGCGCCGCAACUCCCAGUAUGGAGUUCCCGAAAACAUGCUCCAGGCUGGCCUUGAGCAGGAGAAGGAGGACAAGACGGACUGGGAGAACAAGGCCUUCCGCUACACCUACUAG